AUGGAGAGGGCUGCUCUUCUUCGCUGUUCCUCUCUAGCUUCCAACCGAUUCUUCUAUUUCCCGGGCAGGUCUUUUUCUGUUCGUCUUCCCGCUUCAGCUCCCUUCUCCUCCCGCUAUGCUUCCUCCUUAUCUUCCGCUUCUUCUACCAGCUCCCGCCUACUCCGCCGCCCAAUCCUCGGCAUCAGCCGCCGCUCCCUCCACCGCCGUCACUCCAGAUUGCUACGCGUCGUUGCUUCUUCCUCGUCACCGUCGUCUUCUCCACUUCACUCCGAUAAACAUUUCUCCACUCUCUCCGCUCGUGCCGUAGCAACACAACCAGCUCCUCAGUUCUCGUCAGAUGUUGGAGUUUCUGAUGAGGUUGCCGAGAAGCUGGGAUUUGAGAAGGUUUCGGAACAGUUCAUUGAAGAGUGUAAAUCGAAGGCUGUGCUCUUCAAGCAUAAGAAGACUGGUUGUGAAGUUAUGUCAGUGUCAAACGAUGAUGAGAAUAAGGUCUUUGGCAUUGUGCUUCGUACACCUCCGAAGGAUUCAACUGGGAUUCCACACAUACUGGAACAUAGCGUACUAUGUGGGUCAAGAAAAUAUCCUUUGAAAGAGCCGUUUGCAGAGUUAAUUAAAGGAAGUUUGAAUACAUAUCUUAAUGCAAUUACCUUUCCUGAUAGAACCUGCUACCCGAUUGCUUCCACAAAUACAAAGGAUUUCUACAAUCUAGUUGAUGUAUAUCUUGAUGCUGUCUUCUUCCCUAAAUGUGUGGAGGAUGAACUAAUCUUUCAGCAGGAGGGCUGGCAUUAUGAGCUGGAUGAUCCUUCCAAAGAUAUCACUUAUAAAGGUGUCGUCUUUAACGAGAUGAAAGGUGUCUACUCCCAGCCAGAAAAUGUUCUGGGCCGGGCUGUUCGACGUGCUGUGUUUCCCGACAAUACCUAUGGAGUUGACAGUGGAGGGGACCCCACAGUUAUACCCAAACUCACAUUUGAAGAAUUCAAGGAGUUUCAUCGUAAAUAUUACCACCCUAGCAAUGCAAGGAUAUGGUUUUAUGGAGAUGACGAUCCAUCCGAGCGACUGCGAAUCCUGAGUGAAUAUCUAGAGAUGUUUGGGUCAAGCUCAUCUCCAAGUGAAUCAACAAUUGAGCCUCAGAGGCUUUUCUCAAAGCCAGUAAGGGUAGUGCAUAAGUAUCCAGCUGGCGAUGGUGGUGAUUUGAAAAAGAAGCAUAUGGUGUGCCUUAACUGGUUGCUUUCUGAUAAGACACUGGACUUGGAGACUGAGCUUGCACUUGGAUUUUUGGAUCAUCUUUUGUUGGGAACUCCUGCUUCUCCAUUGAUGAAGAUAUUGCUUGACAGUGGUUUGGGAGAUGACAUUGUUGGUGGUGGUAUGGAGGAUGACCUACUUCAACCUCAAUUCAGUAUUGGGUUGAAAGGAGUUUCCGAAGAUGAUAUUCAGAAGGUAGAAGAUUUGAUUUUGACUACACUUAAAAAAUUAAGUGAAGAAGGUUUUGAGACAGAAGCUCUGGAGGCAUCCAUGAACACGAUAGAGUUUCAUCUCCGAGAAAACAACACUGGAUCAUUUCCUCGUGGCUUAGCACUGAUGUUCCAAUCCAUUGGAAAAUGGAUUUAUGGUUUGGAUCCCUUUGGGCCUUUAAAAUAUGAGAAACCAUUGAUGGCACUGAAAGCUAGAAUAGCCAAGGAAGGCUCUAAAGCUGUUUUCUCUCCUUUAAUCGAGAAAUUUAUCCUGAACAAUCAUCAUCGCGCCAUUGUGGAAAUGCAGCCUGAUCCAGAGAAAGCUUCUCGUGAUGAUUCCUUAGAGAGAGAAACAUUGGAGAAGUUGAAAGCAAGUAUGACAGAAGAAGAUCUUGCUGAGCUAACCCGUGCAACACAGGAGUUAAAACUGAAGCAGGAAACUCCAGACCCCCCGGAAGUCUUAAAAACUAUUCCAUGCCUUCAUCUCGAUGAUAUUCCUAAACGAACCACUCCCACUCCAAUUGAGGUUGGGGAGAUUAAUGGAUCAAAAGUAUUGCAGCAUGACCUGUUUACAAAUGAUGUCCUUUAUGCGGAAGUAGUAUUUGAUAUGAGAUCACUGAAGCAGGAACUUCUUCCUUUGGUACCACUUUUUUGCCAAUCACUGCUUGAGAUGGGUACAAAGGAUAUGAGUUUUGUUCAACUUAAUCAGCUGAUUGGAAGGAAAACCGGGGGUAUAUCUGUUUAUCCCUUCACAUCCUCUGUCCGAGGCUCAACAGAUCUAUGUAGUCAUAUUAUCGUUCGAGGGAAGGCCAUGACAGGGCGGGCUGAAGACUUAUUUAAUCUGGUAAAAUGUGUUCUUCAAGAAGUACAAUUCUCAGACCAGCAGCGAUUCAAGCAAUUUGUUUCACAGAGCAAAGCAGGAAUGGAGAGCAGCUUAAGUGAUGGUGGUCAUUCAAUUGCUGCGUCAAGGCUGGGUGCGAAAUUUACUACUGCCGGCUGGAUUUCAGAACAAAUGGGUGGUGUCAGUUAUCUUGAGUUCCUGCAAGAUCUGGAAAAGAGAGUUGAUCAAGAUUGGGAUGGAAUUUCUGCUUCACUAGAGGAAAUCCGCACAUCCUUGUUGUCGAAGGAUGGCUGCUUGGUAAAUUUGACUGCUGAUGGGAAGAAUCUCACAGCCUCUGAGAAGUAUGUUAGCAAGUUCCUUGAUUGUCUUCCAAGCAGCUCACCGGCGGCAACUGCUUCUUGGAGUGCUCGACUUCCUCCAGGAAAUGAAGCAAUUGUGAUACCUUCGCAGGUUAAUUAUGUUGGCAAAGCUGCUAACCUCUAUGAAGCUGGUUAUCAACUUCAUGGGAGUGUAUAUGUUAUCUCAAACCACAUUUCUAAUACAUGGUUAUGGGAUCGGGUUCGUCUGAUGGGCGGAGCAUAUGGAGGAAUGAGUCAAUUUAAUCCUUACUCAGGAGUCUAUUACUUCGUAUCUUGGAGAGACCCCAAUUUGCUGAACACACUAGAUGUGUAUGAUGCAACUGGGGAUUUUCUACGUGAGUUAGAACUUGAUAAUGAUACUCUCACAAAAUCCAUUAUUGGUACCAUUGGAGAUGUGGACUCGUACCAGCUACCGGAUGCCAAAGGUUAUAACAGCAUGCUGAGAUACCUGCGAGGUUUCACUGAGGAAGAAAGGCAACAGAGGCGGGAAGAGAUACUCUCAACUAGCUUGAAGAACUUCAGGGAAUUUGCAGAUGUAGUCGAUGCUGUGAAACAUAAAGGAGUUUCAGUAGCUGUGGCAUCUGCAGGCCACAUAGAUGCAGCGCACAAGGAUCGCCCCAGCUAUUUCCAAGUGAAGAAGGUCGUUUAA